GUUAAGGGUAUAAUGGAGUUGUUUGCUGAGUGCCGUGGAGCGUCCCGGUCAUUGCGCCGUUCCGUUCCAUCGGCGAUGCAGUUUUUCCUCCUUUUUUCCUGCUUUUUAGUUGCAGGUAUUUUUGCUUCGCAGAUCUCUGCGGAGCACGGCGAAACAGAGACGUAUAGCGAGCUACGCAGCAAGGGAAAUGAUCCUACUGAGCAAGUACAGGGCGAGGAGUACGACCCCAUUGAGCAGGUACAGGGCGAGGAGUACGACCCCAUUGAGCAGGUACAGGGCGAGGAGUACGACCCCAUUGAGCAGGUACAGGGCGAGGAGCACGACCCCAUUGAGCAGGUGCAAGGGGAGGAGAACAACCCUAUUGAGCAAGGCGAGGAGUACGACCCCAUUGAGCAGGUACAGGGAGAGGAGUACGGCCCCAUUGAGCAGGUACAGGGAGAGGAGUACGACCCCAUUGAGCAGGUACAGGGAGAGGAGUACGACCCCAUUGAGCAGGUACAGGGAGAGGAGUAUGACCCCAUUGAGCAGGUACAGGGCGAGGAGCACUACCCCAUUGAGCAGGUACAGGGCGAGGAGCACGACCUCAUUGAGCAGGUGCAAGGGGAGGAGUACGACCCUAUUGAGCAGGUGCAAGGUGAGGAGUACGACCCUAUUGAGCAGGUACAGGGCGAGGAGUAUGACCCUAUUGAGCAGGUACAGGGCGAGGAGCACGACCCCAUUGCGCAGGGCGAGGAGCACGACCCCAUUGCGCAGGGCGAGGAGCACGACCCCAUUGCGCAGGGCGAGGAGCACGACCCCAUUGCGCAGGGCGAGGAGCACGACCCCAUUGCGCAGGGCGAGGAGCACGACCCCAUUGCGCAGGGCGAGGAGCACGACCCCAUUGAGCAGGUGCAGGGCGAGGAGCACGACCCCAUUGUGCAGGUGCAGGGCGAGGAGCACGACCCCAUUGAGCAGGUGCAGGGCGAGGAGCACGAUACCAUUCAGCAGGUUGAGACGGAGAUACACAGUGAGGAAAAUGUUCCGGUUCAACCUCCAAUACAACCAAGGCCUUACCCUGUGAAGUUUAUUCCGCCUUACGGCAUCCCAGUGCCUGUCACUCCCUUUCCUUUCAAGCUGCUUAGCCCUCGGGUGAUCCCUGUCAACGCGCCCGUGCCGCCUGAGCUCCAAAAGGUCAUGAAUCCCAAGCCUGUUCCUAUGCCCCGGCCGCUACCCAUUAGUCUUGCUGCAGCGGUCCGCGUGUUGUGCAGCGAAAACAAAAUGUACGUGAGGGUAAGGACUGACCUGUACGGAUUCAAGUGUAAAGCAGGCCAGUUGACUCUGGGGACCAGCUGCAGAAGCAAUGGAGUCUCUGGUGGGUAUCUUCUCUUUACAUACGGCCUCAAAGAAUGUGGAAGCCAUGCGUCUGUGGAAGCUGGACAGUUGGUGUACAAGAACGUCCUUAAAUAUGUUCCAUCUGUGCAAAACAGUACAAUUCGGAGAUCUAUGCCAUUCACUGUACCCCUUCAGUGUCGUUACUAUAGGUAA